AUGCCCCGUCGCAACACUUUUAAUGUUCUCAAGGGUAAACUCCAGGGUGUAUUCCAUUCUCAUUCAUCGUCAAUAAGCGAAAAAGAGCUGAAAGAAUUUAAGGAAAUAUACAAUAAGAAGGUCAACGAAACCAAUAAAGAUAACAAGGAAACAAGCGAGAGUGCCGACACAAGCACAAUCGAAGGCUUAAUCAAUACAAGAGCCAUUACCGAUACUGUUACUGAGACUUUGCCCCCCGAAUCUGUAUCAUCACCGGCACAACUAAUGUCAAGAGUAAAAAGUGCUACAACGUUAAAGAUGGAAACAAAUUCAUCCUGGAAGAAGCAUUCAAGAUCCGUUUCGUUUACUUCGCUGUCUAUUUCUGCUAGUAAUGCUGCGCUAAUGGAUAAAGACAAGAUUCUUCUCGAACCUUAUAAUUAUCUGCUUGCAAAUCCCGGUAAAGAAAUUCGAACAAAACUUAUCGAAGCUUUCGACUACUGGUUGCAAUUACCAAAAGAGCAAAUGAUGAUUAUUACUAAAGUCGUAACCAUGUUGCAUACGGCUAGUCUUUUAAUUGAUGACGUAGAAGACUUCUCCGAGUUAAGACGAGGUGUUCCAGCCGCACAUCAAAUCUAUGGCACACCUGCAACUAUCAACUGCGCGAAUUACGUGUAUUUCCUUGCACUUGACGAACUUGCAAGACUCGACAACCCGCGAGUGUAUCAGAUUUUUACCGACGAACUACUCUCUCUCCACCGCGGACAAGGCAUGGAGUUGUAUUGGAGAGAUACGCUGACCUGUCCGUCAGAAGAGGAAUUUAUUGAAAUGGUAUCCAAUAAGACGGGAGGUUUGUUAAGAUUGGCGAUCAAAUUGAUGCAAGAGGCGUCUGAAUCAGAUGUAGAUUAUGUUGACUUGGUGAACAUUAUCGGUAUCCAUUUUCAAAUUCGUGAUGAUUAUAUGAACCUUCAAUCUCAAAAAUACAUCGACAACAAAGGAUUUUGCGAAGAUCUAACGGAAGGAAAAUUCUCAUUUCCCAUCAUGCACUCUAUUCAAAGCAAUCCUUCUAGUCGCCAGCUUAUUCACAUUCUCAAACAACACACAACUUCAAUCGAACUCAAACAUUACGCCGUAAAGCUAAUGCAGAAUACAGAUUCCUUCGCAUAUACGAGAAAGUAUCUAGCGAAAACCGAAGCCAGCGCUAGAACAGAAAUUGCCAGGUUAGGUGGAAACCCAAUGUUGGAAGAAAUUAUGGAUUUAUUGAGCGUUCCCGAGGAUAGUAAUGUCAAAGUAUCUUGA